AUGUGGGUCCUCGAUUGGUUUUGGGACGUUCUGUCGUCGCUUGGUCUGAUGAACAAGCACGCCAAACUUCUCUUCCUUGGGCUUGAUAAUGCCGGAAAGACCACGCUUCUCCACAUGCUCAAGAACGACAGGGUCGCAGUUCUCCAACCGACGCUGCACCCGACAUCCGAAGAGCUCUCGAUAGGCAACGUCAAGUUCACGACAUUCGAUCUCGGAGGCCAUGCACAAGCACGACGACUAUGGCGUGACUACUUCCCUGAAGUCUCCGGCAUUGUCUUCCUCGUUGACGCCAAAGACCACGAGCGCUUCGACGAAUCAAAAGCGGAACUCGACGCCCUUCUCGCCAUGGACGAGCUCAAGUCCACCCCGUUCGUCAUCCUCGGUAACAAAAUCGACCAUCCCGAUGCCAUCUCUGAGGACCAAUUGCGCUCGGUGCUAGGCCUGUAUCAGACGACAGGCAAGGGCAAGGUACCGCUAGAGGGUAUCAGGCCGGUGGAGGUGUUUAUGUGUAGUGUGGUUAUGAGGCAGGGCUAUGGGGAGGGGAUUAGGUGGUUGAGCCAAUAUGUCUAGAUUCGACGAAGUCCAGGCGGUAGUCCCACGAAGGGUCAGAUCCCAGAGCUGAAAGAUAGGACUGGUGAGUUCACAGUGCAGGAUAGAAGGUGAUAUGAUGCACGACAAAGUUACGCACACUAGAUGAACUAUUAUGGGCGUUGGCGUUGAUAUCAAAGAACAACAUUACAUACUAUUUUCUCCAAUUCGUAC